AUGUGGUGUUGGAAGAAGCAAUCUCCUCUUAUUUCUGAGAAAUCGUUACCAUCUGUGGCUGAAUAUAUUCUUAGUGAACAAUGCACCAAAAUAGUUACUAUGGCUGGAGCUGGAAUUUCAACGGCUGCAGGCAUCCCUGACUUUCGAAGUCCUUCUUCAGGACUUUAUGCGCAAUUGGCGGCGCUCAGGUUGCCUUAUCCAGAGGCGGUGUUUGAUUUCGACUACUUCACUCAAAAUCCGGUACCUUUUUUUCGUAUUUGCAAAGAAAUGUAUCCAAAAUUGAAAGUGAAACCGACACUAACACAUUAUUUCAUUAAACUCUUAGAUGAUAAAGGUCUUCUGCUGCGCCAUUACACGCAGAAUAUUGAUGGUUUAGAACGAAAAGCAGGAUUGUGCGAGGAUAAAUUAAUUCAGGCGCAUGGAACAUAUGAAACAGGACAUUGUCUGAAAUGUAAUAAAGGGUACAGCUUAAAAUGGAUGGAAACGUAUGUAAUGUCCGACACGAUUCCAAUGUGCAUUGCAUGUGGUGCUUUAGUGAAGCCUGACAUAAUAUUGUUUGGCGAAGGAAUACCCCAGAGGGUAGUGAGCAAAUGCAGAUCCGAUUUUGGUAGUUGUGAUUUGUUACUGAUAUUAGGAUCUUCACUCACUGUGGAGCCUAUUGCAUCGUUUGCUGGCCUAGUCAAGAAAAAAUGCCCACGUGUUCUCAUAAAUCGAACGCCUGUUCAGAAACGUGGAUUUAGAUUUCAAAAUUCAGAUUCUAGAGAUAUCGCUUGGUAUGGAAAUUCCGAUGAAGGCUGCAGUACUUUGGCCCUGUAUCUCGGAUGGGAAAAAGAUCUAGUUAAAUUAAUGGGAAAUAAAGUAUAA